CAGGGCUCAAUAUCUUGCUUGAUAAAUUAAAGACACUCAGACCCGCGGGUUCUGGGACCGUGUUAACGGUCCCCACUGCCUCUGGUAGUCGUUUCUUCUUACCCCGUCCGGUGCGGCAUCUCGUCGGUGCCCUUCCUUCGGCCCAAUCUCUCGUUGGAUAAGAAACUGGUACUGGAAGCGGAUGAGGCGCUGGUUGUAGAGCGUUGGUCACAGGAGUGGAUCGAAGGAAGCGGCAUCCCUCCUGCGUCUGUCAUGGAGAGGAGGAGCAGGACCUCUUUUGUCAGGGUUUCUCCAGAAGUAGACUUUGUCCUCGGCCUUGUCUUUUUUUGUCUUGGUUGAAUUUCUUGAUUUUUAAGUUCCUUUAUUUCUGUAGACAACCUGUCCUGGAGCGCUUGGUUAGUUUUCAUCAGUUCAUUGAAUAUGCCGCCAUCAUUAAGAGCUCUUUGCAGAGCUGUGCGUUAGGUCAGCACUGGAAGACAGACUGCAUCAGUGAGACGUACGACGAGGCAGAGCGGAAGAUCUCGUUCAAGAUGGACUCGUUCUACGCCUUCACGCUGCUACAGGACUCGAAUGCCAACAUGCCUUUCCACAGCUGGGAGCUCAGACCACUGGGCCAGGACUCUGCCCUGCUCACCAUCACGGCAAGAACUCACAAUGUCAUGCUCCAUCUCCUCCAUAGAAUCUGGGGCAACAAGUGUAUGCUCCAGUCAGACCAGGAGAGAGGACUGAACCACACCCUGGGCCAGUGGAUGAGUCCCUCUGUACUGCAGAAAGCCAUGGUCAGCACCGGGGUCAACAUCUUCGUCAACCAAUACUCCGACAAAUAUGUCACCCGUAAACGCAAAAGGACCCUCUGAUAGAACACGCGGCGUAUGAACAGAUGGCACUGCCCUCCUCUGCCUUCUCCUGGAGCCAGUGGAACACACAGUGUGGCCAGGAGCAUCUGGUGCUGCAGGUACACACACACACACACACACCUAGAGAUGCAUACUGUUUAAACACACUCACAUCCUCUGUCACACACACAGAAUGAGGAAGAGUCCUUGGAUAGAGGACCUUCCCAGAUAGUAACAGAAGUAGCUUCAGAAUCAGGAACAAAGAGCUGCAGUGCAUAUAGGGGAAACAUUGAGCUGGUUGACUGGACAACUAGAUUUGAUUGACAUUCACCUCUGGUACUGACAUUACCCUGCAUAGUACUUUGUCCGUGCAGAUGGAAUGGAUAUUUACAGUACUAUUGGCACCUUCUCUCCAAAGGAUGUGAGCAUCUAGCGGCCAUCCCAGUGUCGUCGUGGUGUGUGUGUCACAGUAUGUGUACAGUAGGAUUAACUUCUCCCCCAGGUGUGUGAGCACCUAGACCCGGUCCAAGAGGACUCGUGGUGCGUGUACCUGCUGGGGGCCCCAGAGGUGCCAGAGGCUGAUGAGCAAGGAACACAGUGAGGCGUUCUCUCCAGAGCUGGACUCCGGCAGUGAGUUCCACUCCACCUUCCUGCACCUGCUCGGAGACGGCAUGUCCCGCCCCGGACAGGAACGACGCUCUCACCACCUGUUCGUCGAUGCCGUGCAUAGACUGCUGUGUGCCACACGGCCUCUCACAUACUCCUGACUACAGCAGAUACCAGACUCCCCAUGUAGGAGUAGCCAAAAACCACAGAUCUAGGAUCAGAUUGGACUAUUCCCAAUCAUAACUUGAACCAUUAGGGGGAAUAUGUAUAUCUGAUCUUGUAUCAGAGGUUAGCGGCAACUUCAAUUUACUCUGUGCAGAACACCGUGGGUAUGACAGACUGCUCACUGUGAACUUUAACCCUUACAACAGAUGGACCCUCAUGUAAAA